AGGAGGGGUGAGGGAGGGAGAGAGGAGAGGGUGUCCCGUCUGCACGGAGCACAGACAGACAGCAGGGAACAGCUGCAGCAUUAGGUUCGCGUAGGAUUUCACUGCAUUGCGAUUUAAAAUACCAAUCAUUUCAUCCCUAAAAACUCAAGUAGAGCAGCUCGACUAAGCAACUAAAUAUCAUUUGAAAAAUGGUUGAUCGCGAGCAGCUGGUGCAGAAAGCCAGGCUGGCUGAACAGGCUGAGAGAUAUGAUGAUAUGGCAGCUGCUAUGAAAUCGGUAACAGAGCUGAAUGAGGCCCUGUCCAACGAGGAGAGGAACCUCUUGUCUGUGGCCUACAAGAAUGUGGUCGGGGCCCGUCGCUCCUCUUGGAGGGUGAUCUCCAGCAUUGAGCAGAAGACCUCGGCCGACGGCAACGAGAAGAAGAUUGAGAUGGUGAGGGCCUACAGGGAGAAGAUUGAGAAGGAGCUGGAGGCCGUGUGCCAGGAUGUGCUCAACCUUCUGGACAACUUCCUGAUCAAGAACUGCAGCGAGACGCAGCACGAGAGCAAGGUGUUCUAUCUGAAGAUGAAGGGCGACUACUACCGGUACCUGGCCGAGGUGGGCACGGGCGAGAAGAAGGCCACCGUGGUGGAGUCCUCGGAGAAGGCCUACAACGAGGCCCACGAGAUCAGCAAGGAGCAUAUGCAGCCCACCCACCCCAUCCGCCUGGGCUUAGCUCUCAACUACUCUGUGUUUUACUACGAGAUCCAGAAUGCCCCAGACCAGGCCUGUCAUCUGGCCAAGACCGCCUUCGACGACGCCAUCGCCGAGCUCGACACCCUCAACGAGGACUCCUACAAAGACUCCACUCUCAUCAUGCAGCUGCUCCGAGACAACUUGACACUGUGGACAAGUGACCAGCAGGAUGACGAGGGAGGGGAGGGCAACAAUUAAAGAGAAACCACACUUCGAAAAAAAAAAUAUAUAUGAAGGGCGGGUGGACUUUGGCAGCCACUUUUGCCGACGAUACUACCGCAGCAGCAGUUCUUUAUUUUUCCAUGUGUUAAAAGAAAAGAAUCAAAAGAGAGGUGAGAGUGGAGGUUAAAUCUUAGUUUAAAUAUAUAUAGAAAUAUAUAUAUACAGUUGAAAGGGGCCUCCGUCUUCUUGAUUUUCUCUUUGACAUUUGCCAAAACCACUGAUAUGUCAGUCAAUCAGCCUGAAGUGGUUGUUGUUGGAUUGAAAUGGCAGCCUCACACUGGCAUAGGAACUGAUCUUGUUCUGUCAAGAUAAGCUGCUUAGUUAGGUUUUUGCGUGAUAGAGAUGCAUUUGAGUCACUUGAGAGAGAAAAUGCUUGAAUGGGAAUGCCUCACAAAACUAGUUUGCAUUGGUUCCAGUAGUAAGUCUGUAUAUGAGAAAGGGCCCCGAGAGCCCUCAGCCUGACGUUAAACUGACACAAACAACGAGAAAAGAGAAAGUUUUAAUUGGAUUAAUUCCCCCAACAUUUAAAAGGACAAAUUAGACAGGUGUGAAAUUGAGGACUUGAUAGUAAAACUUGAUUCCCCUCCUUAAAGUUUAGAUUGGUCUGUUAUUUCACUUGAACCAUUGAGUCAUAGAGGUGAAGAUUACGAAAGGCAGAGACUUAACAAUUAAAACAAAAAAAAGUACAAAAAAAACCAAAACAAAUAAAAGCAGCUUCAGAGUUUGUGGUUUACUUCUGUGUUUGUUUUAUUAAAUGCACUUGCCUACUAUACUGUUUCUUCAGUGUAAGAUGAUGACAACAAUAAUAUCGAUUGUUCAAUAUUGUGCAUGCUGGUGAUGUAUUUAUAUACAGUAGCUUGACUUUAUUAACUUAUACUAUGGGUGUUAAGUAUUCAUUCAUAUGAUUGAGAAAAACAAGCUUUGUCUGUUUGUUGAUUUCUAAUCUCUGAUUUAUUUCGUUUUGUUCUGGUUUUUUGAUUUGCUAAACCAAAAUGGUGAUCGUAAAAGUUGACCUGUAAUGGGCGUUGCUAUAGUGACGUGCAAUAUGUGUAUUUAAUUUGUUAAUGAGAAGAAAAAAAAAAGGAGGAUAAAAACUCACCAGUGAUCACUUAAUCUUACCAGCUGGUGUUUGUCCCAUUGAAGUAUGAUUAUGAUAUAUUUUGUUCCUUGAACAGUAUUGAAGUAUUUUUUUUCUGUCAUGCUACCCACUUUUAAUAACAGUGAAGUUUUCAGGCUCAAUGUUUCUGUUAUGAAUUCACAAAUGUGGACCAUGUUUUAUUUCUGACAAUAUACAUUUUUUGUUUGUUUUUAUACCUUUUAGCUGUUCCUGAGUGACAAAAUAUCUUGAAUGUGAGUCAUUAUGUAGCAGUUGCACAAGAACCGAAAUAAAUAGCUAUGAUAAUAAAAAGAGAAUAUGACUAAAUUAUACAUGCACCAUUUCCGUGGUGGUCUAGUGUAUUGUUGUAUCGUCACCCAUAAGAAAAUGUUGUUUUAAAGGGGAGAAAACACUUUGUUUUGUGCCCUGAAUACAGCAUGUGCUUUCUUUUUGUGCCUGUAUUAGUUAAUAUGCCUCAUUUGCAAGUUAACCUUUACAAAAAAAGGAUUUAUAUGCCCGUUUUAAGUUCCUGCAUGCAUGUGUGCAAGAUGUAAUAUGUUCCUCACGUUGACAUGUGUGGGAUGGUACUGCUCUCUGUACAGCACAUAGAUAUGAAUAUUCAACACCAAUGCACAAAUAGAAUCACUGGGAAAGCAUAGGCAAUUCAGUAGAAUUGUUUUAUUUUAGAUUAGCAAAUGUGAUAAUUUACGUCUUCAGAACAAACUUUAGACACUAGGGAGCUGCUCAAGGGCACAGAAAGCUGCUGAAUGGAUUCAUCGUCAUAAUGCUGCUACUACUAUAGAUUAUUACAUUAAUAUAUUCAUACAGAUGGCAGUUUUCCGGUAUUUAUUUUUCCCAAUAGAUGACAGUUUUUUGGGACUUAUCACAGAUAUGAUGGCUUAAGAGAGAAACCAAAAGCCUUAAGGUCAGUCACACAACCUUGUUCACGUAUGCCAAUUAUGUCACCCUCAUGAGUCAGCCUCCAUGAGCUCACACUGUAUGUCACAGCUGCUUUGAUUUAUUUUUUAACAUAGUCGCUGAUCUUGAAGGCUCGCCAGACAAAUAGCAUGAAAUCCUGAUGCCAAUCUGCACAACUGCUCACACAGCUUAUGAAUAUUAGAAUGGAGUCGAAACCAUUAUUUAAAGUUUUAUGUUUUGUGAGUUAAAAAAAAAAGAGUGGAAAUCAUGUCAGGAGAAUUUCACUCAUUGCCAAGAAUACAUGCAUUGUGU